AUGGACGAAAUCCGCGCCCAUCGCGACGUCAUCCGUGUCGAGGCUGACAAGCCCGUAUACAUCAGGACUAAGCGUCAUGAGAAACGCGACAUCAUCACGCAAAAGGUUGAUAAUCCGUUCGAUCCUAAGACAAUAUUCUCCUGGGGCCUUGAGGCUGUGUCGCACCGCAAGUUCACAGAGAACUAUGAAUAUAUUUACAGCUCGCGCGCAGGAAACGGCACGUAUGCCUAUGUUGUUGAUUCGGGCGUCCGAGCAACGCAUAUCGAGUACAAGGGUUGUGUCGUGAAUGGCUUCUCAGCCUUUAACAAGAGCGGCGUGGCUGACUUUAUUGACAAUGUUGGCCAUGGCACCCAUGUUGCAGGCACAAUUGCUGGUACUGGGGUUGGUGUGUCGAAGCUGGCUACCAUUGUCGCUGUCAAGGUCGUCGACCAGGCUUCUUCCAACAGCGGCGCCAAUGUGCUGAAGAACAAGCGUCAGACCAAGGCAGUCAUCAACAUCAGUCUCGAGGCCGAUUACUCGCAGACCAUGAAUGACCUUGUAGAGAAGGCGUCCAAGGACAAUGUUAUUUUCGCAGUCGGCGCGGGAAAUUACUCUCCUGCCAGUGCCAAGUCUGCCCUCACCGUAUCCUCUAUUCAAUAUGGUUGGAGCAUGGAUGAAAACUAUGCAAACUACGGCACUGCGGUUGACAUCUUGGCCCCCGGAGAUAGCAUCUUCUCCGCGGAUUAUGUAGCCGAUGACAAGUACGUGAAUCUAGACGGCACGUCUAUGGUAGCCCCCCAUGUGGCCAGCCUCGUGCUGUAUUACAUGUCUGUCGAGGGCAUCUCUGGCACUGAUGCUCUCACAAAGCGCAUUUUGGCGACCGCUACCAAGGACAAAGUCGGAGGUAACCUCCGUGGCUCCCCCAAUCUGCUGGCUAAUAACAACAACCCGAAAGAAAAGAACCCUCCACCGAGGAUAUUUGGCAUGUCAGGUUGA